AUGGCGCCCGACGCGAAGGAGCUGUUCGAGAGAGAGCUCGAGGGCUUCAAGGCGCUGCAGGACGCCCUGCAGAAGUCCUACGAGACGCGCAUGUGCCUCAUCGGGCAGCAGCAGGAGACCGAGCUCGUGCAGGACGAGUUCGCGACCCUGGAGGAGGGGUCGCAGGUCUUCAAGCUGGUGGGGCCCGUCAUGGUAAAGCAGAACGUGGACGACGCCAAGGCGAACGUGGAGAAGCGGAUGGACUACAUCAGGGGGGAGCUCGACAGGGCGAACACCCUCUGUGAGGAGAGGGAGAAGGAGCUGCAGGAGAAGCAGAGGCACCUCGCCAGGCUGCAGCAGGACGCCGCUGGUGCCGCCGGCUGA